AUGGUGUUGAAAUCUUCGUCAUUGCUUUCGCUUUCACAGCCUCGCACGACUGGUGAGGACUCCGUGGAGAUUGCCCACACCUUGGGCGGCAACACACGAACCGGCGGCCAGAAGCUGGCAGGUAUCCGCGGUUGGCUUGCGAGGUAUGACAGACAUUUCGAAUAUGCUGCUUCCGUCGUUGUGGGACUGCACGUCAUACUGCUCCUUGUGGAGCUGGAACUGGAAAGAGCGAGUUCUGCCUUGGCUCUGGACCUAUCCGACUGGCCAGCAGUGGCCGAGAAUCCCUGGAGAUAUCAGUUACGGGUGCUCGACGUGGUGUUCGACUUCUAUUUUCUCCUGGAUUUGUCCCUGCGGAUGUUCGUCCAACGAUGUAGCUUCUGCAAAUCCAGCAUGAACUGCUUCGAGGCGUGUCUUACAGCGGGCUCCCUGGCUGAUCUGGUGAUCAUUGCAAACGCUGGCGGUCUUGCCCAUCCCGCAGAUGCGACGGUCCUGCAUCUGAUCCGAGCGGCUGCAUCCUUGCGACUGAUUCGCUUCUGCAAGUUUGUCGAGGGCGUGCACAUGCUUUUGAAGGCGUGCACUUCAUUUUUGCCCUCCUUAUGUUGGUCGAUGGUGCUGCUGACGAUUUUCAUGCUGGUGGGGGCACUGACGAUAGGAAACCUCAUCCAGGACUACAUCACCAAUCCGCAAGUGAACAGAGAAGACAGAAUCUGGUUGUGGCAACAUUACGGAACCGCCCAGCGAUCUUUGUACACCAUCUACGAAAUAACUUUUGCCGGCAAUUGGCCCGUCAACGUUCGACCUGUGCUGAGCGGGGCGAACCGUGCAUUCGCCUUCUUCUUCGUCGCUUACGUGACCAUUAUCGUUUCUCGGCACGAAGGUACUGCAUUGUUCCACAUUUUGGACAAUGGAGACGGUGAGGUUACGAGAGAGGAAUUUAUCGAUGGCAUUCUACGCUGCAAAGGCCCAGCACGUGCGAUUGACCAGUUGGUCAUGCACGCUGAGCUGAAGCAGCUCGAGUCGAAGAUUGCCCAGUUCAUCCGCACGUUGGGAUCAGCGAAAAUCGCCGGCCAGCUCAACAGCAACAGGGGAACCAGCAGCAGCAGUUCCCCGACGACGUCGUUUCUGCGAUUUUUCCGCCGCUUCGUCAGCAACUACUCGUCAGACCCCAAGCUGGCAACUUGGAGGCGCAGGGGCGAACAUACCUCAACAGUUUCAAAGAACCCACCUAGAAAUUCAAUGGUUGGUGCUUCAGAACUCUAA